AUGCCUCGACGUCCUGCGGAGAUCCCGCCUGACGACGAGUGGUCCCAGGAAGCUGCGAAAACCUUUUGGUGGGGAAACUGGAGGGAUCCUAGCAACUGCUUAUUUCCGUGGCUGUACGAAGAUGGACAGCCUCGUCCGCAAUACCCGAUGAAGGAUGACUGGGGUGUGCAACCGUUUCCAGUGGAUUAUGAUUCCGAGUGGGCUCGCGGCAGGCCCCAAUGGGAGGUUUACCUCGAUGCGUAUGAUGCUUGGAAUCGAGAGACUUGCCGCCUCAUUGAAGUGUACCGCCGCAAGGUGGAGGAGUUAGAUUACGAAGAAAGCGUGGAGGUUUACGAAGGCAAGUUUCCAGACGUCCCGGAGUAUCCCACAGCAAAUGCCGAUGUACUCGUGGCGGCGGCAGAACCUGAUGUUGUUGCUCUUGCCGAUGCCUUGGAAGACCCAGACAGUGACGUCAAUUGCAAGGACUGCGGCCUUUGGACACCUUUGAUGUACGCUGCAUUCGCUGGCAGCAUUGAGUGCGUCGAGUACCUCGUGGAUAAUGGUGCAAACCUCGAUGCUCGCAACAACCUGCAGGACACGGCAUACGACAUUGCAAUACAGGCAUUUGCCAAGAAGCAGUGUUUUGCUCAGCUUUGCAUCCUUGCAUACGCAUUGCAGCCAUGGUCGAUAACUCAACGUAGCGAUAUCAGGCUUUUCAUUGGUGGACUUGUCAGGCAUGCCGUCCUCGUGGACGAGGAGAGGAGAGAGACACCAUCAGAGCCAUUGUGGAGCCAUCACGUCCGGCUCGGUUCGCGAGACGCGGUCUGUGAGCUACCUGCACCAGACCUUGGCCGCCGCGAUGCUGCAGAGCGCGUUGCGCGCUUGGCUCGCUGGGCGCCCCUGCGCCAUCGAUGCCAUUCAUGGCGCAGAACAGAGGAGGAGAGUCUCAGCACGUCGACAAUCCCGUGGGUGUACCGUGUGUGUUUCUCAACGGAAGCUGUUGCAGUGGCACCGGCGCCUUGGUUGGACCGCCUGGAGCUAGGUUGGUACAACGAGAGUUUUGACCAAUACCAUGCGAAUGGCUCGGUCACCCUGCACUACGUGAACGGCUUUGCUCACAGAGAGAUGGCGGUGCGCUGUCAUUGCGGAGAAGGCCCGUCAAUGACGUCUUGGACAGGAGAUGCAGACGGCAACCAGUCGCUGGACAUUCAGCUUCCCAGCUGCUGCCCGCUUCGUCGUCCAGAUGCCACCCCGAUGUCUUCAACAGAGGCAUUCCAUUGGCUGGCCGCACCGCUGCACGGACUGGAGCCACCGUGCCUUGUGAUGCGGCGUGGGCGCUGGGACUUUCGUUUGUGCUUCGAUGGCAACCUGACGCAGGUCAACCUCAGCCGCUCGCCUGUGCAAAGUCCACAGGCCUUCAGCUUCCUUGGUGGCCCGGCCGUGAACGAGGUGGGCUUUGUGCCAGCCGAGCCUGCAGUGCCAGGGCAAGCCGUGGUUGACAGCACCCCAGGAGCAGAUCCAGCCUCUGUUGCAUCGGCGGCGGUGCCGGCACCGCUUGCAGAGGCCCUCGCCCCGAAGCCUCGGGGUGCGGGCCCCAGGGCGGCGGCGGAGCUCACGCUGCAGAGCGGUGAGGUUUGCCGAACCUCGAACGGCACGGAGCGCCAUCAGGUGCUCUUGAGGUUUAUUUGCCCAGCGAAUUGGCUGAGCUCUGCACCGGACACUGCUGGCGGGCACAGCGCCCUGAUCGCCGUAGAACGACCGCAGGGCUGCCGCUGGGUGGCUUGGGUUGCGACCCUCCUUCUUUGUGCAGACCCUCGUUUGCGGCCGCCUCCAGCGGAGGAGAGGCGAGCGAUUCACUGCAAGCGAGGCGGCAGGAACGAGGAAGUAGAGGGCAGUCACCCACAGCACCCUUCUGUGCCGGGGGAAGCAAAGACCUUUGACCAGGCCGACAGCAGAGCGGUCGAGGCAGCGCCGCCUCGAAGAGACCGGUCUGGCAUUUUGUUCCGCGUUGGACAGAUCGUGGUGAAUGUAGCGGAUGGCACACUCAGCGUAGUGGUUGGCUGGGACCGCAAGCCAAACCCGAAGAUACUGGCGCUUCGCCGACAGAGCUUGCCCGAGGAGUGGACCUCCAGUCCCCACUGUUUGUUGGCAGCACUGGCAGGGCAGCUCCCGCAAGCCGACGUCCUCCGGAGUGAUGCAAUGGGGCUUCCAGGCAAGAUCUCCUACGUUUCCCAGGACCAGCUCCGGGUUUACCGUGGACCCCAGCCAGACCGUCUGAGAGCGGCAUCAUCACUUGGCUUGACGCCGACAGGGAGUGGAGGUUACAUGCCUAUCUCCUGGCUUGCAGCUCUUUAUCCGCUGGAUGUUCAGCUGCAGCCAGAAGGUGGCCCUGAAGCAAUCGCGGACACGCCUCGAGCCUGGAGGACUGACGGCCAAGAGACACUGCUGAAUCUUCUGGCCGUGGGCUUGAAACUGCAGUCCUUGUAUUUUUUACGCAGUUGA